UAUUACUUAGAUAACAAAUGUGGAUGUUUUGGCAUUUUAUAUUUAUUAGUAUUAAUUAAUAUUUAUUAAUUGUGUAUUACAUUAUGCGCACCUAUGAGUCACAGUUGCAUGAUGUAUUAUAUGAUGAGUAUACAUUAUGAUUUUAAUUUCAAAAGGAACAGUAAAAAUGCAAGUCAGGAUUCGAGGUUUUAAUUUCUUUUUAAAGAAUAUUUUUAUAUGUAGAAGUAUCAGAGACUGCAUAACAUAGGGAGGGAGGCUAUCUGGAAAAAGGUGAUUUUUUUAAGUGUUUGGCAGCAGGAGGCGGUAAUGCAGCACGCAAACAACGAGUGGCUCGACUAAGAAGAAGAGGAAGAAGAAGAAGAAGAAGAAGAAGGAGAAGCGGAAGUGACGAAGUUAUCGCAAGUAAAACAACAACGCGCCAAAUUUGUGCAAAAUUCACUGUUGUCACUUCCUCAGACACAUGGAAAAGUUUCUCUAAUCUUUGCGAAUAUAUUUGGGAAACGCUGCCGGCUUCGCAGGUGACUGCUUCUGUUUUUAGCAUGGCUGUGCCUUUUGUGCAAGACUGGGACCUUGUACAGACUCUGGGAGAAGGAGCCUAUGGAGAAGUGAGGUUGCUGGUGAACAGACAGACCGAGGAGGCGGUAGCAGUGAAGGUGAUCGAUACCUCGCAGGCUAAAGAGUGCGCUGAAAAUGUCAAGAAGGAGGUCUGCGUCCAUAAGAUGCUCAACCAUGCCAACAUCGUACGUUUUUUUGGACAUCGGAAGGAAGGUACUACCAUGUAUCUCUUCCUGGAGUACUGCACCGGAGGAGAGCUGUUCGACCGAAUCGAGCCUGAUGUGGGGAUGGCGGAGAAAGAUGCUCAUCGAUUUUUCCUGCAGCUAGUAGCGGCUGUGGAAUACCUCCACGGUUCUGGAAUCACUCACAGAGACAUAAAGCCAGAGAAUAUUUUGCUGGAUGACAAAGAUAACCUGAAGCUGACAGACUUUGGCCUAGCCACCAUGUUUCGUUUCAGAGGACGAGAGCGUCUUCUGAGUCGACUCUGUGGGACUCUUCCUUACGUGGCUCCGGAGCUUCUCGGCCAAACAGAGUACAAAGCUCAGCCUGCAGAUAUCUGGGCUUGUGGUAUUGUCCUCACUGCCAUGCUGGCUGGAGAGUUGCCGUGGGAUCAGCCCACUGACAGCUGCCAAGAGUAUUCAGACUGGCUUCAAAAGAAAACGUACCUACCUCCUUGGAAGAAAAUACAACCAAUGCCUCUUAGUUUGUUGUCCAAAUUACUGCUGGCCAGUCCAAAUACACGCAUCACGAUCGCAGACAUACAGAAAGACCGCUGGUUUACUCAAGAUGUAAAGCAAACACCUCUGGGCUCAGGAGGAAACAAACUUCUUCGAUCAGAAGGACUCAUAUCCCGGGCCAAUAGUGAUGACAGGAUGCAGUUUUCCAGCUCUCAACCUGAUUUUGCGGCAGGUGGCUGGGAAGCCAUGUUGAUAAUCGGCCAAAGCGAAGGCCAAGUCAGCUUCUCUCAGCCGACCAAGCCGGAGCACAUGUUGCUGGGUAGUCAGCUGCUGGCCACACCAGGAGCCAGUCAGUCGCAGUGGCAGAGAUUAGUGCGGAGAAUGACACGUUUCUUCACAACCGUGAAUGCAGACAUCUCCUUAUCUGCCCUGAAAGACGCCUGUGACGACCUGUCACUCAGCUUCAAACUCACCUGCACCAAACAGGUGACGGUGAGCACACUGGACAAACGAAAUAACAAACUCAUCUUCAAAGUCCACUUGCUAGAGAUGAAUCAGAAAGUGCUUCUGGACUUCAGACUGUCUAAGGGUGACGGUCUGGAGUUCAAGCGUCUCUUUGUGAAAAUAAAACAGAAGCUGGGAGACAUCAUCAGCACCCAGAAGAUUUUACCCCCAAUCACAUGAGCAGCCUCUACAAACAAGUGCACACUGCUAUGGACAUUGGAGGGAGAACCUGUAUAUAUUUAGCUGUUCUAAUGAUAUUUUAAUUGUAUCCUGCUGUGACUCUUUUUUUCGUGUACUUCUGUCCUUGUGAGAAUUGGUUAAAUCCUCACUUCCAAAAACAAAACAAAAGUGUUUUUGUUAGGUUUAGUGUUAGAAAGUGAUGAUUGUCAAAGGUAGGUACACAGGGAUUCCAGAAAGUGUGUGUUAUUUGUUCUGAUUAUGUUUGACAUGAUAAAAUAAAUAAAAUUACUAUAAGACCAA